UCGUCGUUCUGGAGUCGUUGUUACUGGAUUUGUAGGUAUGUUUCCAUUACUGGUGUCAACUAUUCAUUGUUCCUGGAGUCGUCAUUAUUCUUCCGUCGAUUUCGGUGAUAUUAUUGAUUAUGUUCAUAGUGUUCUUUAUGGUGCAGUUCCUGGAGUUUUGAGU